AUGGAAAUUAAAAGGCUCACCAUUCGUAUACCCCGAGUUACUCUUGAUGCACACAAAGAACCUCCUCCCUAUGUAAAUCACAAUUUCCAUCUCCUUCCGGAGUUCCACAAUUGGACACAUCUUUGUCUGGAUUUAGAGACGAACUUUCUUACUAGAAAAUCAUUCACGCAAUUCCUUUUAAGGUGUCCUAAAUUGGAAGUUCUUGUUUUUCCUCUGGGAUAUUACACAUUAAGAGAUCAUCAUGGUUGGACAUUACUUCCAGUGCCUUGUUGUUUCAAAUCUUCUUUCAAGAAGCUUCACAUUACAAAUUUUGAUGGAUUUACACAUGAAAUCCAAUUCGUCGAGUUUUUCUUAGAGAAAGCAACAAUUUUGGAGGAGUUUCAGAUAUCCUUAUCAUGUAUGCCAUUUGCACGAUAUAAUUCGAAGAAUCUGACAGAUCUCAAGAACCGAUUUGUAGGAAUGGGAAGUUGUGACAUUAAGUUUCGAUCACCCCAACUUGUGAUUAGAAGGCAGAGGCUUUAUGGAAGAUAA